UUUGUCACACAUCCAGGGAAACUCCAUGCCUGUGACCACCGUGCCUGCAACCCACCUGUGGGGAACCUUGCCACAGGCAGGACCCCUAUCACGUUCACCACCUGUGGGGAGAGUGGCACAGAGCUCUCCUGCUCCUAUGUGGGCCAGCCUCCCCUCCCUUCCAGCACCAUGAACUGUGGUCAUCUUCAGUGCACCAAGUGCAAUGCUCAACAACCCAACAAUUCCCACCCACCAUCCUCCAUGACGGAUGACGUCUUUACAUCUCCCAACACCUGGUGGCAGUCAGCUGCGGGGAUCUCACGAGAAGAGAUUCGUCUGGACUUUGAGACAGAGUUCUAUCUGACUCAUGUCAUCGUGGUUUUCAAGUCUCCCCGGCCAGCCGCCAUGAUCCUGGAGCGUUCCCAGGAUGGAGGACAUACCUGGAGACCCUAUAAAUAUUUUGCCACCAACUGUACGGACACCUUUGGGCUCCAAGAUGACCUCAUUGAAGAAGGCUCCCUUUGCACAUCUAGGUAUUCAGAUGCUGUUCCUUGUACCAGAGGUGAGGUCAUCUACCGGGCCCUAACUCCAACUAAUCAGAUUGAUGAUCCUUAUGGCCCAGAAGCCCAAGAUUUGCUAAAGCUCACCAACCUGCGUCUUCUGCUGCUAAAAAGGCAGGAUUGCCCCUGCCAGGGGGUGAGGCUCCUGGAGAAGCCCCAGCGAUUCACCCACUAUGCCAUCUAUGACCUGAUUGUCCGUGGAAGCUGCUUCUGCAACGGACACGGGGAGAUGUGUCAGCCCGCAGACGAGACGGGGACCUCCAGAAGUAUGGUACAUGGGACGUGUGUGUGCAGACAUCACACAGCAGGUCUACACUGUGAGAAGUGUUUGCCACUGUACAAUGACCAGCCAUGGAGACCAGGAGAUGGGAAGACUAGCCAGCCCAAUGAGUGCAAAAAGUGCCGUUGUCACAACCAUGCUGAUAGCUGCCACUUUGAUGGGAGUGUCUGGCUGAACUCUGGGAAGCGCACAGGGGGCAUCUGUGACAACUGCCAGCACCACACCGAAGGUCGUCACUGCCAGAAGUGCAAGUCAGGGUUUUAUCGGGACUGGAGCAAGCCUAUGUCUUCCCCAGAAGCCUGUAAACCUUGCUCAUGCCAGCCCUUGGGCUCAGCCAACGAGACUUCCCACAAGGGCUUCCCUUGCCACCCCAAGACAGGCUACUGUCUCUGCAAGGCUGGAGUGGCGGGCCCGCACUGUGACCGAUGCCUGCUUGGGUACUGGGGCUUCGGAGGAAACGGCUGCCGUCCUUGUAACUGCUCUGGGGAAUGCGAUCCCCACACUGGGGCCUGCCUAACUGGACAUGAGAAGGAGCUUUUUCUCCACGUGCCGGUAGGUGGGCAGAUCCCCGACCUUGUCCAGGGACCCGGCAAUGACAGCGAAGAACCGUUGAGGUGGGAUGGUCAGGAGCGAGGGUUUUCUGCCCUAAGACAUCCAGAAAAGUGUGUCUGCAAAGAGAAGGCUGUUGGGAAGGUCAAGGAAUUCUGCCAGAUGAAGUAUGCAUACGUGAUAAAAGCCAAGAUCCUUUCGGCAUAUGACAAGGGUACCCACGCUGAAGUGUGGGUGAAGGUGAAGAAAGUUCUCAAGUCGGGUCAAGUGAAGAUCUCCCGGAGUCACCAGAGCAUUUACCCAGAGUCCUGGACUCACAGGGGAUGCACCUGCCCCAUUCUGAACCCAGGUACAGACUACUUGAUCGCAGGGCAGGAGGACCCCAGGAGCAGCAAACUCUUAGUCAACAUGAACAGUCUGGUGAAGCCUUGGAAGGUGUACCUGGGAAAACAAGUAGCAGGUUUCCUCCGCACCGGCUGCAAUAACUGAGGCAGGUGCCCCCGGCCUCACUUCUCUGCCACAAAGUCUAGUGUGUUCACCGCUCUGCAAAGCCCAGGCUGCCCAGGUGAUCGGUGUGGACUGCCCCUCCUUCCCUAAGCUCAGGACAAGGUCCUUCUUAUAGAACCCCUGCUGCCCUGCCAGAAUAUCCCAAACAGAUGGUCUCACUCAAAGGUGGACCCCGUGCCAGCUCUUCUCGCUGGAGAAGGAUUCCACUAGGAUUCAAAUGUUGGUGAUACGACGGAGGCAUCCCAGGGCAGAGGAGAGAGUGCUUGAUUUGGUCUCAGGAGAUCUGGAUUCCCUUUCUGGCUCACAUGGCCUCAAGUGAGCCACUUCAACUUGGAUCCCUCUGCCGCUAAAAGCAUGCGAUAAUGCCACUCGCCCGACUUCUCUCACAGGGUUGUUGUUGGGGUGAGAUGGUGGAUGUAUAGGCACUGUGUAAACUGGGAAGUUCAUAUAAAUGUACAGGCUGCUAUUAUCAUGAGUCUCCACCUCUGAAAUUUAACCCACCACAGAUUACCUGUUGUAUUUUAUCCACAGGCAUCUCUCGCUGUCUUUUAGUCUAGUGUUACAAACGGAAAAUAUGAAUUGAUCAUUGGACGCCA